AUGGCAGAACCGACAGACCCGAGCUCUGGCGACCCAGCCAACUCAUCGUUGGAAUUGAGUACGCCCGCUCCAACGACUGAUCAGCCAUCUACACAGAUCGAGCCUUCACCAGAACAAUUCAAACAGUCCCAGCCAGAAUCCAAUCAAACCACUGCUCCUGUAUCUGAGUCCCACGCGGCGACAGCGCCCUCAACCAAUGAUACAAACCAGCCCGGCAACAGCAACAAUGGCAAUGACAACAGCCACCAGAAAGAGAUCAGUCCACCUGCACCUGAUCUUGAGGAUCCUGCUUCUUCGAUUGUAUCUUCACUACCGGCGAUGGAUACUACAAUUCCAGCGAUGGAUACCUCUCACUCUUUUGGAGACACGGGAUUACAUUCAUUUGACACCUCUCUCCAUUCCUUGGGCUCUUCUACUGCCCCAGACUUGUCCCUUCCAGCGAUUGAUACCACUUUGCCUACACUGGACUCCGCACUUCCAGCUAUAGGGACUGACAUUCCCACAAUGGACCAUCCAUUCGGGGAUGACAGCCAUUUCGGCACCCACGAUUCCCACUCCCCAUCUGUGGACCCGACAGAUGUAGCAAGCAACAUGGGCCAACAUGGAUCUCUGAAUGGUUCGACACAUUACCAGACGUCGCCCAAUGGUACCUAUCAGUACUCACAGAAUCAUUCGCCUCCACAGCACCUGGACGGACAACAAGCGCCACAGGGACCGUCUCAACAUCAGUUUCAAUCGCAGCCUCAACAAAAUUACCAACAACAGAAUUCGGACGUGUACCAUAACCCAGGCGGAUUCUCGGCGGUGAAUUCAAAUUCCGGUAACAAUGGCCAGGGACAACCCGGACAAAUGCCGCAAGCGCCCAUUGGAUCCCCGAUGCCUCCUAUGGCGUCUAUGGGCCAGUACAUGACCGGGUAUCCCUCCAAUGUGCCGCCUUCCGGCAUGAAUUCCAACCCGCAGAUGCGAUACCCCCACCCCGGUGAUCCUAAUAAGAUUCUUUCGGGUGGUCGCCACAAAAAAGAAGUCAAGCGUCGGACAAAAACCGGUUGCUUGACUUGUCGCAAACGUAGAAUUAAGUGUGACGAAGGACAUCCGGUCUGCAGAAAUUGUGUCAAGAGCAAGCGCGAGUGCUUAGGCUACGACCCGGUCUUUCGCCCUCAAGCAACCACCCCGUCGGCGAUCCAACCGGCGCCGAAUCCUCCUCCGUCGCUUGUUGUCAAUCCCCAGGGACCCCCAGUUCCAUCUGCGCCUUCUUACCCUUCUGCACCUCCUGGGUAUAUGCCGGCUUCCUCGCAACCUUUUGCACCAUCUCUGCACUCCGAAUCCCCCAGCAACUCGACUGACCAACCUGAUCACGGAGUUGGCCUUGAACAAUCCCUUGGGCCUAACAAUCAUAUCGCUGCCCCUCCCAACAUGCAGGAAUCCAAUGAACCUCGGCCCCAGAGCUCGGAGCCUACAUACAAAGCCAAAAAUCUUCAUGUCAAUGACCUCGUUGCGCUAAGGGGCAUCGCUCCUCCACCUCCCCACCCCAUCGGGACCCUCCCUCCGGGCCGCCUCGAAGAGAUUCAAGCUGUGUUUCUUGCCACGUACGCCCCUGCAAUUGAUAAAUUGUUGGAAGUCCGCUGGUAUUCGGAUAAAGCACUCUCAAUCUUGAUGGCAGAUGCUCAGCUCAUGGCAGACUAUUCUGCCCUGAUCAAUGCGUUCAACGAGUGGAAUCUGAGUGAUGGGAAUACGGUUGCGCGCUUGGAGAGUUUUGAGGCCUCCUUGAUUUGGCGGAGCAUGACUCUGUGUCGCCAGGUUCCCAAUUCAGAGAAUGGGCAGUAUGGGCAAGAUUGGAACUUGCUGGCGGCGUCUGCACGUCUCAAUGCGAUCGAGGCUCUCUUGACCUGGAACUACCUGGAUCAGAACACAUUGUCACGAGCUCUUGGCAUGGAUGCCUCCAACCCACCCAACCCUCCAGAUCAGUUCGUGCAACGGCAAUUGGACUUCUGGAGCGAGCUCGGAGAGUUCCUUACUCUUCACGACAAUGAAGCCAGCUCAGCUAAGCAGAUCGACGACACACUUAGCCGUUGUCGUCAACUACUCGAUACGUAUGAAAACCGGGACAUCAUCUAUUCCAUCGCCAUUGCACGACACCUUGGGCAACGAUGGGCCGACUUUCCCAACAGUCUGCCCAAGGUCGGAUACACCACUGAGAAGGAAGCCGGUACCAAGCUUUUUGUUGCGCAGAAGUUUAUAGAAGAAGAAGCUGAGGGCAAGGGUACUACCCAGGUCUAUAAGCGAAUCUGCUGCAUGGCAGUCCGUUCAUGGUGGGUUGCCCGCGAGUAA